AUGGUUGAUCAAAUUGAGUCAUGUUCGCCUAAUACGUUGGUACAAUGUCGAAUAUGUCACGAUGAAGAUGAAGACUUAAACAUGGAUACACCUUGUUCUUGUUCUGGUACAUUGCAGUAUGCUCAUAGAAUAUGUGUGCAAAGAUGGUGCAAUGAGAAAGGUGAUACUACUUGUGAGAUUUUCCAACAGCAAUUUAAAGGCUACACUGCUCCUCAAGCUCCUUUGUUUCACUAUAGGGGCAACUGGGAAAUUCCAAGAGUUGGUUUCAAUAAUCAUCAGUUCAUAGCAUUGUUUCCUGCUAAUCAUGAAUUUCUAGACUUUAAUUUUGAAUAUUCAGCUCCCUCUACAAGGAGCCGCGUGUUCAUUCGCAUUGUUGCCAUCAUUUCAGGAAACAACAUCAGUGAGAAGGCUUAUGAGGAUGGAAGAACAAUGGUGGAGAGUAAGACAGCAGACCUGAGAUCUCAAAUCAGGCGAAAAGGUGACACAAACCAAGCUUCAAGUAUAAGGAAUCCAUGGCAGCAAUCAGAUCAGACACAGUCUCAUUCUAAUCAUGAAACACAACUUAAGCAAUCCCGAGACGUGGCAUUGGCAACAGCAGCAAAAGCAAAAUUACUUCUUCGUGAGCUAAAAACCGUUAAAGCGGAUUUAGCAUUUGCUAAAGCGCGCUGUGCUCAACUUGAAGAAGAAAAUAAAUUACUCAGGGAACGAGAAGGAAGCGAUAAGGGACUUAUCCGUGAUGAUGAUGAUCUGGUAUUAAUCAAUUAUGAUGCUAAACCCAGCUUUACACAGAUCUUGGUAAUCUCAUCUAUUGGGUUGAUAUUUUUCAUAGCAUUGCGUUAUCAUCUCAAAAAGAUUCGAGAUCAAAAGAUCAUUACGCGUUUAAGAUUAUCGCGUGCAGGUCACCCCCCAAAGCUUGAAAGAUUCUCUCAUUACAUAGCUAGGAAAAUGGGGUUCAAGGAUAGGAGAAUCGGUCCUGAUAUAUGUAGAUUGGCUUCUGAAUACAUAAGCAAAUAUGAAGGGUUUGAAGAUGAUAUAUAUGCCUAUUUUGAGAAUGAACCAGAUGCUGAUUCACUUUAUGUCAAGUUGGUGGAAGAGUUUGAGAGAUGCAUUCUUAGUUACUUUGGAUUUCAUUGGAACCAUUGUGACAUAUUGAUAAGUCAGGUUUUGAGCUCGGACAUUUCUGAGCCAAAAAAGAAGCUAAAGAACAUAGUUAUGGCUGCUACUAGGGAUCAAAGGUUCGAGAGAUUUGCCAAGAGUCUGAAGGUGGCUAGUGUUUUUAAUACAUUAGUGGAAGAGAUGAAAGCGAUGGGUAUUGCAGUAAACGAUGACUCUCAAUGUACUCACAGUGAUAGGAGCCCGGUCCUUCUUCUAAUGGGGGGAGGUAUGGGAGCUGGCAAGAGCACUGUACUCAAGGAUAUUCUCAAAGAACCUUUCUGGGCAGGAGCAUCAGGAAAUUCCGUAGUCAUUGAAGCAGAUGCCUUCAAAGAAUCAGAUGUCAUCUACAGGGCACUUCGCUCAACAGGUCAUCAUGACAUGAUUCGAACAGCCGAAUUGGCGGAAAGAAAAAACACAGCUUUUGUAGAUGUGUCUCCAGAAGAAACUGUGCAGAAGAAUGCUUUUGAAAGAUUUAAAGAUGUUGAUGAAUCAAGUUCAUUCAAGGAAGCCCGUGCUCUAGCUGAAGCUUCUCAAAAUGGAGCUCCUUUUAACCAAGGUUUUGGAAAUUCACCCGGUUCUCUAUCUGCACGUAAGAUUGAAGAAUCUGAAGCACAGUGUGCUUUGUUGAACUCUGAAUCAUUAUGCGAUGGAUGUUUCAGUUCAGAUUCAGAUAUAUUUCUCUUUGGUGCAAGGACAGUGUACAGGGAAAUCUUCCUUGGAGAUGGUGGAUAUGUUGUAUGUUAUGAGAUGGCAGAGAUUGAAAAUAAACUUGGAUUGGGACGAGAUUCAUUGAUUGCUCUCUCUUUGCUUCUCGGCAGUGACUAUCAUCAAGGAGUUCAUGGUUUAGGUCCAGAGUUAGCUUGUCAGAUAGUAAAAUCAAUUGGGGAGAAAGAUGUUCUAAAAAAAUUUGCUUCUGAAGGACUUAGAUGGGUGAAAAAAAGAAAAGGAGCUAAAAAUAAUAUAGGAAAGGACGAUACCAUUUUACAAGUGAUUGAUGCUUAUUUGAAGCCAAAAUGCCACUCAGCUGAUUCAGACUUUGUGCUCAAGGCUCAUUCUCAGUAUCCAUUUCAACGUACUAAGCUCCAUCAUAUAUGCACUGUAUACUUCGAAUGGCCUUCGGAGAGAACAGAUGGAUAUAUCCUUCCAUGUAUAGCCGAAAGGGAUUUACGACGAUUUUCCAAUUUGCGAUCAACUUCGUCUGAACUUGGGUUGAACCUUCCUUUACAUGAGGGAUUGGAAUCACCCGCUGAUGGUAGACGUUCAUCUGAGUCUAGCUACCGUAUUGGAGAUAAUGGAACUUCAGGGGGGACAAAUUAG